AUGACUGGAACAGACUCCAGAGGUGCUAAUGGCGAGAGAGCUAGAGAUAGAGAGGCUGGAGAGCAGGGGGGAGUUGUUGGUGGAGGAGUGGGGACUCACCAACCAGCCAACCCUACGCUACCGUCAUCUUCUACACCAUCUCCUACAACUGUGGAUCCCGUAAAGACGUUUUCUAUUAAGAAGUUCAUGGGGGAGGACAACGAGCACUGGAGCUUCCGUAUGAAGCUGACGUACACCCAAUACAAGCUAUUGGAUCUGGUGGAGGGGAAGGAGAAGAUGCAGGAGGCCGCGGAGCUAAAGGGAGCAUGGAUGAAGCGAUCGUUCGACGCGUACAUGCUUAUGGUGCAAGCGGUUGGCGGGCGACAACUUGACCACAUCAAGGACCUCUUGGGUGAUCCAGUGUGUGGCCCCAAGGCUUGGAGGAAGCUUCUCGAUGUGCACUCACCGACACAUGCGACCGGCAUCGUGCUACUCGUGCGGCGGCUGCGCGACAUCAAGUUCAUUGAUGGAGAGCCGAUGCAACUGCCCCAGUGGAGCGUGGAUUACAUUCGCGUGCGCAUCGUAGAGGAAGACUUGCGGCGGCGUAGUGUGGAGCGCUCGGAGGAGGGGGCUGGCUAUGGAGUUGGAGGUGGAAAAAGUGGCUUCAAGAAGAAGUGGAAGGGCAAGAACAAGGAUAAUCCUAAGGAGGAUGGCGGUGGGGGUCAAGGGGAGGUGUGCUUCUACUGCAAGAAGCGCGGACAUCGUUGGCGGAAGUGCUACCAACGACCCAAGGAUUGGAUCCCGCCUUCAUCAAGCAACCAGCAUGGUGGCAAGAGGAGUGGGGGAGCCAUGUGA